AUGCCUCACGUUCUUUCGUUCGACAGCGCUCGCCUCGCGGUACGAGCGCCCCAGGCUUCUGCUGCGGAGUCUUCGGUGCGACCGACGACUGUUCUUGGUAGCCUCACGAACGCCGCGUCUAUCGCGACGAGCUCAGAAGUACCCUCUGGCAAUGGCGAAGUCAGUUUCACGGGGACUCCUACGCAACUCGUGGAGAGCCCUCCUGCGCUCAGCCCGUCCGGCUCGAGCACUUUCGACACGCCCUUUUUCCCGACCCCUACACAGACUCAAGCCUCCGGGGACGACCGGUCUCUAGGGCGCACAAAGAUCGCUGUCGAGGGAGCGCUCGUAGUAGUCGCCGCAGCACUCAUCAUCCUCCUCUCUCUCUGGAGGGAGACUGGGUGA